GUGUCCCGGGAUGUAUAUGCAAGUGGAGGCCCGCACCAGCUCCCGCCUCCAUCUGAAGAGGGCUCCUGGCAUCCGCUCCUGGUCACUGUUGGUUGGAAUCUCAUCCACUGGCCUUGCUGCAGCCUACUACAGUGGAGACAGUCUGGGCUGGAAGCUCUUCUACGUCACAGGCUGCCUGUUCGUAGCUGUGCAGAACUUGGAGGACUGGGAGGAAGCCAUCUUUAACAAGAGCACUGGGAAAGUCGUUUUGAAAACGUUCAGCCUCUACAGAAAGCUGCUGACCCUUCUCAGAGCAGGCCACGACCAAGUGGUGGUUCUGCUGAACGACAUCCGUGAUGUGAACGUGGAGGAAGAGAAGGUCAGGUACUUUGGGAAGGGCUACAUGGUGGUGCUCCGGUUUGCAACAGGCUUCUCCCACCCCCUCACGCAGAGUGCAGUCCUGGGCCACCGCAGCGAUGUAGAAGCCAUUGCCAAGCUCAUCACCAGCUUCCUGGAGCUGCACCGGCUGGAGAGCCCCUCAGAGCAGUCUCAGAGCAGCGACAGUGAGGCUGAUGGCCCCAGCAGCCAGAGCUGACAACCGGCCUGUGGCUUCUGACCUUGUCACCAGCUGACUGGCCAGCCACCGGCUGCAGGCAGAUCUUGGUGUCUGUCUGGAGCUCCCUAGGCCACCCUAAGUGGACUGCCUGCCUCCUGCCUAUUCAUACUGCCUGCUGCCUCAAUUCUGAGCAGAAGUCUGGGCUGGAUCUCCUCCGUGGCCCAAGUGGGCCUGAUAUGUCAUGACCCAGGAUGCACUGUGGGCUGGACUUCCUCCAUGGCCCAGGAUGCACAUGAACAGCCAGGACAGGGCAAGGGGCCACCCGUACCUGGGCUUCCUCCACUCGACCAGGCCUUCCUGUGUUGAGGGUUUGGCUACAGAUGGAACAGGGCUCCUGCAUUUGUAGGGAGGCCCACGCUCUCUGGAUGUGGCAGUGCAGCCAUUGGAAAUCUCUGAUGUCAUUUUUCCUUGCCGCACCCUCCCUGGAUGGAUGUCCACUGGUCAGGGGCUUUCCUGACUGCGGGGGUGGGGGCUGGACACCGCAUUGUCUGAGGCCUCUCUCCAAGGACCUCCCCCCCACGCCAGGGAGAUGGCUGUGCUAACUGCACUGGCGGCUCCUUUUGGAUCCCUGCAGGACUGUGGGGUGUUUGUGGGCUGUGGAAGGGCCCUUCCUCCCCCUCCCGCCUGCGGCAGAAGACGAUUGUGAAGGAAAGGUCACCUCUGUGACACCUGAAGACGACUGGGAGUGCUUUUGCAGAAACCGAGCCCCAGCCUCCUGGCCCCCAGGGAUGCCUGUGGGAUCUGGGACAGUGCAGCGCACGCCUGUACUCUCAGCACUCAGGACCUCGGCUGAGGAUCCAGUUACGGUUCACCUAGUGACACCCUGUCUUAAAAAGUCCUGCAGUAGACCCAGCCUUACCUCGCCCUUCCUGGAAGUUGGUGUCUGUUCCUGCUGACCAGCACCUACUCUGGCUUAGGUCAGGUACAACAUGAACCUUGAGAGCUGUGGGCCCCAGGCCAGCCUCCAGAAGCUUCUGUUCCUAGGCCUGGCCAGGUAGGACUGGAAAGCAGUGCCACCCAGAUCCAGGGGCUGAGAUGGCACCCUGGGCGGGUGUGAGUGGAAUGUCCUGCUUGGGGAGGUGGCUGCCACCAACCCUGGGCUGGAAUAGGACCCUUUAAACAAGCCAGUUAGCUUUUCCCAUUUUUUUUGUUUUGUUUUAUUUUAAUUUCCUUCCUAAAAUUGUGUGUAAUUCAGUGGCUUGUCAGCCACUGGGCUUCCUAGGGUGCUGGAGACAAGAUGCCUGUCCUGGGCACUGCCCCAGGGCUGGGACUGGGUUCUGGAGGCAGGAAGCCCAUCGUGGCAGGCACUGGUGACGCCUGUUAGAGGAACCACUGCUUCUGCUGUCCUUUAAUUUUAGAAUGAAUAAAGCUCUACGUGCAGAUC